ACAAACAGAAUACGCGUACUAUAAUUUCUACACUACUUAUUAUUUUUCUUAUAUCUUUAUUAAGUUGUACAAUUAAUCAAUGUUACAUAUUCCUAUUUCGCUAUAACUGAUAAGAAAUAUAUCAAAAUGAUCUUAUCUCGGAUGAAACCAGCUGUUGGAGCUGGACCAUCAGACCAACAAAGUAAUUCAAAACAGGUUCCAACUUUAGAGGAAUUUCUCGAGAGACGUGACUAUACUGGAGCUAUAACUAUUUUGGAAUUUGAUCAGAGCAGUGGAAAAGGUACAGAAAUGACAAACCGUUGGCUAGGCUACUGUGCGUUCCAUCUUGGAGAUUACCAACGAGCUCUGACCAUCUACCAGUCCCUCAGUCGGUCCAAGGAUGCUCCUGAGGAUUUGCAGACUAAUCUUGCUUGCUGUUACUUCUUUCUCGGAAUGUACCCACAAAGCGAAAAGAUUCUAGACUCAGCUCCAGCAAGUCGCCUGAAGACUCGUCUUUUAUUUCAUCUAGCACACAAACUGGGUGAUGAGAAGAAGUUGAUGGAGCAUCACCAGCAGCUGCAAGAUGUGAUAGAGGACCAACUGUCCUUGGCCAGCAUACACUACCUACGAUCGCACUACCAAGAGGCCAUCGACAUCUACAAACGCAUCCUGCUUGAUAACAGUGGCAUACUAUUCCCCAAACAAUUUCCACUCAAGAAGAGAGUUUCUCAGGAUGAUAUCCAGUUACUAUCCGUUCUUCGUAGUUUAAAGGAGUACCUGGCCCUGAACGUGUAUGUGGCUCUUUGCUACUACAAGCUGGAUUAUUACGACGUGUCACAAGAAGUAUUGGCAGUUUACUUGCAGAAAUACCCAGACUCAGCCAUUGCCAUCAACCUCAAGGCUUGCAACCACUUCCGGCUAUACAACGGCAAGGCUGCAGAGACUGAGAUCAAGACGCUUAUGGAUCAGAGUUCGUCUUCGUUCAGUUUUGGCCACGACCUGAUCCGACACAACAUUGUGGUGUUUCGAGGAGGGACUGCAGCCUUACAGGUGCUGCCACCUCUAGUAGACGUCAUUCCUGAGGCUAGGCUGAAUCUUGUAAUCUAUCACUUGAAGCAGGAAGAAUACAAAGAGGCGUUUCUAUUGGUGAAAGAUCUUGAACCAUCAGUGCCCCAAGAGUACAUACUGAAGGGGGUUGUUAACGUGGCCAUUGGACAAGAAUCUGGAUCUAGGGAACAUAUCAAGGUGGCUCAGCAGUUCUUCCAGCUGGUAGGUAGCAGUGCCAGUGAGUGCGACACCAUUCCUGGGCGACAGUGUAUGGCCUCCUCGUUCUUCCUGCAGCGCCAGUUUGAUGAUGUCAUGCUUUACCUUAGCUCCAUCAAGAGCUACUACUGCAAUGAUGACAGCUUUAAUUUCAACUACGCCCAGGCCAAAGCAGCAUUGGGACACUUCAAAGAAGCCGAAGAGAUAUUCCUUAUGGUCCAAAAUGAAAAGUUACAAAAUGACUACAUUUAUAUAAGUCAUUUAGCCAGAUGCUACGUGAUGUCUGGCAAACCACAGUCUGCUUGGGAGCUUUACCUGAAAAUGGAAACAUCUGCAGAUUCCUUCAGUCUUCUUCAGGUGCUGGCCAAUGAUUGCUACAGGAUGGGUCAAUUCUGGCAUGCUGCCAAAGCAUUCGACAUGCUGGAACGUUUGGAUCCGAGCCCCGAGUAUUGGGAGGGCAAGAGAGGAGCUUGUGCUGGUGUGUUCCAGCUUAUCAUUGCAGGCAGACAACCCAAGGAGUUGCUAGCUGAUGUAAUCCAACUUCUGCGAAACACUGCCAAUCCACAGGUGGAAACUAUAAUAUGGACCAUGAAGAGGUGGGCCAAGGAAAAUAAAUUAAAUGUCUAGCUGAAUGUAUAUAUGCGUUCAACAUUAUAACUGUGUAAAUAAAAAUUAUUA